AAGCUCUAAGUCUUAGAGUGUCUAAACUGGCAACAUCAACUCUGCAAGAAUCCUCGUCCAAACCCUGAUAUUAAAACACUCUUCACUGAUCAUUCUUGUACUCCUCCAACCAAUGGAGCUCGUCCUCCUCCUCCUACAAACAGUCCUCUUGUUGGACCAAUUCCUAAAGCUGGAGCUUUUCCUCCCGUUGGUGCCCCUGGUCCAUUUCAGCCUGUUGUUUCCCCAUCUCCUGGUGCUAUUGCUGGUUGGAUGUCUGGCAAUAAUCCUUCCUUACCGCACCCUGCUGUGGCGGCUGCGCCUCCUGGUCUUGUGCAGCCUUCUAGUGCUGCUUCAUUUUUGAAACAUCCAAGGACUCCCUCUGGUGUGGCAGGGAUGGAUUAUCAAUCAGCUGACUCAGAGCACUUGAUGAAGCGCAUUCGCACUGGCCAAUCUGAUGAGGUGUCCUUUUCUGGUGUAACACAUGCUCCAAAUGUCUAUUCACUCGAUGACCUUCCAAAAAAUGUUGUGCGGACACUUAAUCAAGGUUCCAUUGUCACGAGCAUGGACUUUCAUCCCCAACAGCAAACGAUUCUUUUAGUUGGCACAAAUGUUGGUGACAUCAGUAUAUGGGAUGUUGGCUCACGAGAAAGGUUGGCGCAUAAACCAUUCAAGGUUUGGGAUAUCUCAGCUUCUUCGAUGCCUUUGCAGCGCCAUGAACCACAAGAUCCAGGGUUUAGGCUAGUCUCAACCAUCCUUGACUUUCCUUACUGGAAAACAGAGAUGCUUGUUCUUUACCUAAAAAGAAAAGGGCUUUUUUCAUGCGGAACGAGCAAGGAAGGUGAAUCUCAUUUGGUUGAGUGGAAUGAGAGUGAAGGAGCCAUUAAAAGAACGUAUUCUGGUUUCAGAAAGCGUUCUUUAGGUGUUGUGACUGUUGUCCAGUUCGACACAACAAGGAACCGAUUCCUAGCUGCUGGUGAUGAAUUCCAGAUCAAGUUUUGGGAUAUGGAUAAUACCAACAUGUUGGCAGCAGUUGAUGCAGAUGGAGGGUUGCCUGCUAGUCCUAGACUGAGAUUCAAUAAAGAAGGAUCACUAUUGGCAGUCACAAGUGAAAAUGGUAUCAAAAUUUUAGCUAAUGGGGAAGGUUUGCGUUUGAUUAGGAUGUUGGAGACUAGAACUAUUGAUAAAAAUCGAGGUCCAUCUGAGCCCAUCAACUCUAAGCCAUUAAUUGUUAAUGCUCUAGGUCAUGGAGCUCCUGUUGCCAUUGCUCCCAGUACUCUGGAUCGUCAAGAUAGAAUCCCCCCUGCUGUAUCAAUUGGCAACCUCAGCCCAAUGGACAGCAGUAGGCUUGUUGAUGUUAAGCCACGAAUAUCUGAUGAUAUUGAUAAGAUUAAGAGCUGGAAAAUUCCUGAUAUUGUGGACCCAUCUCACCUAAAAGCUCUGCGUUUGCCUGAUCCUGUAACAGCAGGCAAGGUUGUGAGGCUGAUCUACACAAAUUCUGGCCUGGCUGUAUUAGCCCUUGCUUCAAAUGCCGUUCACAAGCUUUGGAAGUGGCAACGUAGUGAAAGGAACCCUUCGGGGAAGGCUACUGCAUAUUUUCAGCCACAAAUGUGGCAGCCUCCCAGUGGUACUCCUAUGACUAAUGACAUAAAUGAAAGUAACCCUGCAGAAGAGUCUGCAGCAUGCAUUGCUUUAUCUAAAAAUGAUUCUUAUGUCAUGUCCGCAUCCGGUGGGAAGGUAUCUCUUUUCAACAUGAUGACAUUCAAGGUCAUGACAACAUUCAUGUCUCCACCUCCUGCAGCCACAUUUUUGGCCUUUCAUCCCCAAGAUAAUAAUAUAAUAGCCAUUGGCAUGGAGGAUUCUACAAUUCAAAUAUAUAAUGUCAGAGUCGAUGAGGUCCAGUAUCAAGGCCACCAGACCCGAUAACUGGGCUUGCCUCUCUCAACUUUAAAUGUGCAGUUAUGUGUCUGGAACAUUGAUGGAUGGGAGAAAAAGAAAUCAAGGUUCAUACAAGUACCAGCUGGUCGUCAAUCUCCAUUGGUUGGAGAGACCAAAGUUCAGUUUCAUAAUGAUCAAACACAUCUAUUAGUUGUCCAUGAAAGCCAAAUAGCUGUUUAUGACAGCAAGCUUGAAUGUCUUCGUUCUUGGUCCCCGAAAGACGCCCUUCCAGCUCCUAUUUCAAGUGCAAUUUAUUCAUGUGAUGGUUUGCUGGUUUAUACUGGUUUUUGUGAUGGUGCUGUUGGAGUUUUUGAUGCAGACAACUUACGACUUAGAUGUCGAAUAGCACCAUCUGCAUACAUACCUUCAUUGGGCGUGAGCAGCAACACGGCAUAUCCAUUGGUAAUAGCUGGUCAUCCAUCAGAGCCAAACCAGAUAGCAGUCGGGAUGAGUGACGGGUCAGUACACGUGGUGGAGCCAUGUGAUGUAGAGAUGAAGUGGGGCAACACAGCAUCUCAUUCUCAAGACAAUGGACCCCUCCCUUCUAAUUCAUCAAAUCCUUCUCUCACCGCUCAACCCUCUGAUCUUCCUUCCAGGUGAUGCUUUUGUAACCACAACUUUCUUUUGACAUUUUAGUUCAUUGAGUUACAAAGAAAAUGGUGGCAUCUUUAUAUUUAUACAUUCCUUGUAAAUCCUUUACCUUGGCCCAUUUUCCUGUUUCGGUUUACGAGGUUAAUAUAUAUAUAUAUAUAUAAGUUUAUGUUGAUAAUUAUUGAGUAUGGCCAGCAAAUUUACUGGAAAGAGGCCAUUUUGUUGUACUCUGAAUGACAAUGUUAAAUCCUUCUAUGA